AUGAACAGAAAAGAAGUUAUAGUAGUUGAGGGUCACAAUACCAGUUUGACAUGCAAUGUAUCUGGUAAACCAGAACCUACCAUCACAUGGACUAAGCAAGGUAGUGGUGUGGUGCUCUCAAAUACUUCAUCAUGGGUUGUGUUAAAUGUAAGCAGACAUGACGCAACUGAUGACAUAAUACAGUAUCAGUGCAAAGCUAGUAAUGGAGUGGGAACACCUGCAGCAGCUACUGUCAACGUCACUGUUUAUUGUAAGUACUAUAGGUUUAUUUGUUACCACUAGCUAAGCUGAAGUUUCUAUGAACUGUUGCAAAGAAAAACUUUCUUUUUUGUAAAGCUACUGGAAACCCACAAUCAAACAUAAGUUGACCAAAGCAGGUUGGCACUAAAACUUGUGUACUUUACAGAGAUCUCUCUUUGUCAAUGUAACCAUGAUAGACGACCAAACAGAAAACAAAUGCAGGGUCCUGGACUAAUUGGGAUUCCUUGAAGCGUUUGCUCUUCCCCCUUGUAGUGUGAAAGUAGGGUGUAGAAUUGUUUGUUAUGGUACAUGAAAUAUUUAUGUGUCAUGAUACUUAUGAUGAUAGGAAAUCUCUCAUAGGCAAGGAAACCUCUUUUGGUCCUUUUAGUGUGUACAUUCAUCACCUGUAUCAGUAAAGACUUUGCAACAUUUUUGAGGUCUAUAUGAAUUUAGCUUAAACAUGCUUUGAUAAUCACAGUGAUAUCAAUUUUUCCUUUUCAGAUACAUCUGCUAUUAAGUCUGCUCCAGGUAAUCAAGUUGUCCUUGAAGGAAACAACUUGACUUUACACUGCAAUGCAUCUGGCAAUCCUUCACCUAAUAUCACCUGGACUAGAGAUAAAGGUUCUUCUGUCCUACAUCAAGGCAAUAUAGAUAGAUUUACCUUUGUUCAUUAAGUAAACGGCGAGGAAAGUAACUGUGGGUAAAUUCAAGUUUUUUAAUUUGAAGUUGUGAGAGUUUGUUCGUUUGUUUGCUGCAAUGGCGUGUGUAUAUCUGGUCUUUCCUCCACAAAAACUAACUUCGAAUGGCACACUCCAACGAGACAGAAGGGGAUUUAAUGCGGCCUUUUCUCAAAAAAUUCCUUCAGUUUCUGUUGUGCAAUUUAUGGUACAAAUGUUCAAAUUGAACGGACUUGGAAAGACUCACCGAGAGCGUAUAUUUGUUGUAGAACUUAAAUUAAAACUUCGCUCACUCUUUCAUUACGAACAAGAUGUUUGAGAAAAUUCAGGUAUUUAAAUGAAUGAAAGUUCCAUUGUUCAGUUUAACUGUAACCAAAUACCUCACGUUUUAACUCUCUAGGUACUUUUUGCAGACGGUUUUUUGGCCGCUUGUCAACCAACGUAAUGAUUUACUAUUGUUUAUACAAAUUCAUUCUGAAACCAAUAUUUUUCUGUCAACCAAAGUGAUUUGAGAGAGAGAAGAGAGAUGAUUCAUAAGUUAUUUAUCGGCUUGAGGUAAGGACCGACGUGUUUGCUUAAAAAUACUGCCCAGCCGGAAGAACGAGAUAUUUUUAAGAAAAAUGGCACCGAAAGUUGGGAUGUACUCGGUGACUCACGAAAGCGUUCCCGUGGCCCGUGGGCAGAGAUGGGAAAAUACGGACCGGGUAAAGAACCAAUCAGAUCACAGGACUCGUUACCCCGCCCUCUAAAAAAAUUAACUAAAGUGAUUCUUAAGUUAAGAGAUGUAACUGAUGAAGUUUUCUCGUGAUAUUAACCUUCAAAAUGAUCUGCUACACCUUAUUUUCAGAUGGUGCUGACAUUAUCUCUGCUCCCAAAAACAAGACAGUCCUGGAAUUUUACAAUGUUACUUUCUUCUGUAAUGCAUCAAGUAAUCCGCCCUCUCAGAUUAUCUGGACCCAAGAAGGAAACAGUACAGUUCUGCAUAAAGGAGAAACCUUUGUCAUUGCAAAUGUUUCAAGAAAACUUAAUAGACAGCGAUACAAAUGUAGGACAUGGAACAAUGUCACCAAAGAUGUGGAGGCAUAUGCUCAUCUCAGUGUCUAUUGUAAGUAUGACAUCAUGGUAACACUACAACAUCACUAGGAUUUGAGAAUUCAAAAGCUUGUAAUGUACUGCAAGGGUCGAGCCAACGGUAGAUAAUUCAUAUUAUUUCCUUAAAUCACUUUUCAGAAAUGAACCAAGUGUAAUACAUUUAAGGAUGGAUGAAAUAGUUCUGAUCACAUAGUAAAGUUGGGUUGCAAGUCAUCUAGAAUGAAGUAGAAUGAUACACAUGACAAGCACAAAACUGUCAGUGAUUGCCCUUCAGUGUUUGUGAGCGUUUAUUGGUUGCUUCAAUGUAAAGUAACCGAUGUAAUAGUUACUAAAUGCGACGUGUAAUUUAUGUUGUAUUUUUUACUGUUCAGUCUCCUUAGAGGUGUUUGUUAAAAAUUAUCAAAAAAAAAUGAAAGAUAGGUACUUGUAUGUUGGUGUUUUCGCGUAUCUGUUACAAAUUGCAUUCGUAAGUGUAGUAUUCGAUGUGCGAUUAAUUCAUGUACAUGUGAAAGUCUUGGAAAUUUUCACAAGACAAAUUGUUGGUCCUGCUAAAUCUGUACAAUGUAAGUAUUAAUAAAAUUGUUUUAAUAGUUAUUUGUUGUUCAAAGAUGUAUUGUAAAGCUAACUACUCCUCUCAACGCAGCAUCUCAAGCAUAGAACUCGUUUGGAGUGUGAGACUUCUUGGACUUCCACUUAAACUUUUGACAUGUGUUGAAACUGCUUCUCAACUUUGAACCACCGUAUAUAAAACAUCACUUCCAAAAAGUAAUUGGUGAUGUUGAACGUUUUUCAUCGCAUAUUUCCGAGCUCUAGGAACACGGGUAACCGGUCAAGUCGCCCGAGAGUAAUCUCGCCCGAAGUCAUGUCGCUCGAAACCUGAGUCGUGUUGCCCGAAAUUUUAGUAAUUCAUCCUUGCAGUGAUCAGCCAAAGUCUUCUUCGCUUUGUUAGAAACGAAGAAAAAUAUUCUGAAGCUUACGAAAUGUCCGUGAGUAAGAAAGGAGUCAUACCAAACGAACAACGCUUCAUUUUUUGUUAGAAACGGAGAACGCUCCCUUUGUUGUUAAAAACGAACGAAGCUUUAAGAAUCUUUAUGAUGUCGUCGGAAACAAAAAGCGCUUUGGUGAUAAAAAUUUCUCAACGUUAUUGCCUAUUAGCAGUCUGCUGAAAUUCAGAUCUUUUUAGUAUUUGUUUCUUCGGAGGACUUGACUUUUUUUUCGGGCGACAUAACUAGAAUUUCGGGCAACAUGAUUUAGGUUUCGGGCGAGAUGACUCUCGGUCGACUUGACUGUAGACUGGAGCACGACAUGGUGUUUCGUCAGUGCUGUUUUUAUAUGGAAUCCGUUGAAAUUGGCAAAUAACAUUUAUGAACGUUUUCGCUAUUAUGAGCGAAAUAGAGCUGCACACAUUCAGAAAAUAUUUAGUUCCCUUCCAAACCAAGGUAAACAAGAGGCUACACUGAGCCCAUAUUCUGGCCGGAUUUGCGGUUCAGAGGGAACGAAUUGAAGGCCUUGCGGUUUUUAGCGAAAUCGCUGUUGAGUGCUUUUUAUUGUUUACUAAACAUGGAGAGUUAUGAAGAUUAAGACUUCAUAAUUCGAAGUUCUCGCUAUGGUGCGAAGAUAAAUACUGUCCUUCUGUCCACUUUCAGUCUGUUAUUAAAAUACAUGUAGUUACUAUGACGUGAUCGAGCGACGGUGUAAUAUUUCAAUUUUGCGUACAGUACCAUUCGUCCUCAAGAAAACCCACCGUUAAAGAGUGCAAUUUGGAAACACUUAACACGAAUUUGAUGAAAACUUCAAUAUCAAGAUUAAUUUUAGAGAAAGAUGUUUUUCGUGUUGUCACGAGCGUGUGACAAAGAGAAAAAAUUCUGAGUCCCGAUUCCGCGCUCCGAUGCUCUAUUCUAUUCUAGGGUGAGCAAGGUAUAUUACAAAGUUCAUAUGACACGCGUCCUGCAUACUGCUAAGAUCAGGAAUGUCGAUAGCGUCAUGUUUUAAAUUCAAGAGUUAACACUUUGCUUCUCAUACUGUUGACGUCAGUUUUGUACGCCAUGAGCUGUCAAAAUUAAAACUAUCAAAAGCUUCUGGGCUCGACAAAAUCCCUGCAAAACUCUUCAAAGACACAGCCUCUGUUAUAGCCAAGCCAGUCACUUAUCUUAUGAACCGUCACAGUGGAAGGAAGCUAAAUUAACUCCAAUUUAUAAGACUGGGAAAGAAGGAUGAUGAGAACAACUAUCGUCCAAUUUCGGUUCUCCCCUUGAUUUCUCAGCAAAGUGAUGAAAAGUGCAGUUCAAGUUCAAAUGUUCGCCUUUCUUGACGAAAACAAAGUUUUCUAGGUUUUUCAAUCCGGUUUCCGUAAGAAGCAUUCCACUUAAACUGCGGUUGUCUACCUGGUUGAUCAUAUAUUGCCACCUUCACAAGCUGGAGCACUGUAGAGUGACAGGAUGCAGUCUUACCUUGUUCAGAAAUUAUCUGACUGCUCGUUUGCAGACAGUUCAAUAUGAAAAAGAAUUAUCUUCCAGCCUUACUUUAGACUUCCGCGUUCCUAUAGGUUCCUUACUAGGACCAUUGCUAUUUGUGAUAGAAACAAACGACCUGCCUCAAUAUUUGCUGCAUUCGGCGAUUAAUUAUGUAUGCCGAUGACACCGUGAUGUAUUAUACUGGGUCUGAUAUCAACAUCAUCAGAGAAAAUCUAAAAGAAGACCUCAAACGAGUCGAGCAGUGGUUGAUGAGUACCAGACUAAUACUAAAUCAGAGCGAAACGAAAGGCCUACUUUUUUGAACAAUGCAACCGUAGCAAACCUCAUCAGGCUUUGUACUGAAGAUCCAAGGAAAGGACAUGGAGCGAGUGACGAAGUUCAAUUAUUUUAUUAUGCUCAAUGAACAGCUUCACUGGAAGUAGCGUGCCCACUCUAUUUGUAGCAAAGUCAACAGGCGUUUGGGACCUCUAGCACGGAUAAAAUAUUUCCUUACUCAUAGGGCAGCGAAGUUUGUCUACAAUACUUUUAUUGAGCAAAUCCUGUGUUAUACCGACACUGCAUGGGGUGAACUGUCAGCCACCUCCAGCAAAACCCUUCAACGGUUACAAAAUCGUGCCACCCGCAUCGUCUUAAGGCGUGACUUCUGUAAAGACACUUUAAGUGUCUUAGGGUGGGCUGAGUUACAAAUGAAACGGAAAAGACACAAAUGUGUUUUAGUUUAUGAAUGCUUAAAUAUGCUAGUACCCUUGUAUUUAUGUAAAUAUUUUAUUAGAAACUACAAUGUACAUAGCUAUGAAACUCGCAGAAGAACUAAUUUGCACCUGCCCAAACCGAAGCUUGGCCUUGGGAAACGAAGUUUUAAAUAUUUGGGCAUGGGAUUUUUUAAUUUGUUGUCUCGUUACAUUCAAAAGGCGGAGUCACUUUCUUCCUUUAAAUUUUUGAUGAAUACUCACGAUUUUUAACAUUUCGUCGUUUUAAAUUAUUACCUUCUCUUUUUUUAAUAACUAUGUAUUCUAUUUUUACAUUAUUAUACUUUUUAGUCUAGGCCUCCUCUGGAUACCAGCCUCAAGGCUGAUUUGGCCACCCUGGUAAAAUAAAGUUUAACUUGCCCCCUUAGCUGAGGAGAGGGAAAAUUUAGAAAAGCCUGCACACUCUCUACCCAUACCUUUUGUGCCGUUUGACCAAAAUGUUUUCAAACUUCUUACCAAUUAGUAGGCUACAUGAGAGGUAUGGCCCGUAUCACGAGUCCUAUUUCUAUCUCCCGCCUUCAAGUGGAAAAUGGCUCAUAUCUUGGCUCAUAUCAGCGCUAUGACUUCAUUUGUUUUUUGUAGAUAACGCAAACCUUACCACAUCUCCUGGUAACACUACAAUGUUACGUAAAAGCAAUCUAACGUAACCAUGAUCAUUUGUUUAUCGUUUCAUUAACGUUUUUUCGUGUUGAGUAUUCACAAAAGCAAUAAAAGAAAUAGCUACUCUCUCGUUUGCAGAGGGAAAAUACAACACUCUAAGAGCUGACACUGAUUGAAGCAGUGGACGAUAACCUUUGUCAGUUUCAUGAUUUGUUUCCUUUUUUCUUUUUAGAUGCUCCUGACGGCGCAAAACUCAUUUCAGCUCCCAGAAACGCGACAGUGCUUCGCAAAAGUCCUCUCAGUUUAGCAUGCCGAGCCGAUGCCAAUCCUGUAGCUGAAUUUCAUUUGUACUUUAACGGUAGACUUAUAAUUACCAACAGCUCAGGGAUUUUUAAUGUUACUGUGAUGUCCGAUGGUGUGUACACCUGUGUUCCUUUCAACGAAGUUGGAGCUGGAAAAAAUGCCAGUGUCAGUGUUUCAGCUGUUGGUGAGUUUACAGUCAGGCUAAUAUACUCGAUUGCAAGAAACGGAAAGUCACAAACCAUGAACAAGUAAACUCAGUUGAUUUACUUUUAUCUUUAGUUAUGCAAAUCUUUUUUUGAAAGAUAAUUCCUUUUCUUUCGGGAAAGCUGGAAUAGCUUUCAUCAUUCACCAUUUUCAAGUAGUUGUGUUUUUCUGAACAUGUACACCCCGGAAUUAAGCCGUUAGAUCCCACCGUUCAGUUUUUGCUGUCGAGUGACUAAAUGAAACAGAGUGACUUUUUAGCAGAUCACGUUGUAAGAAUAUUUAACUGUGAGAGUAAAAUUUUUGUUACGGGAAUCGGUUGCAGUCCUAUCUGCAGUCCUAUCAGAGAUACUUGCAGUUACAAGUACAUCUUAACUGAUGGCAUUUACUAAAUGACAAAGGCUCUCUGAGUUAGGAUACUUCAAUAGAAUCUCUGGCAACUUUUCUUGGCGUAUUGUUAUGCGCUGUUCUUAAUUUUUUGUGCGUCAGUCGGCUUCAUUAUACGAUAGUUAGGGUUAAGAUUCAGGUCGGGUUUUGGGUAAAGUAGGUGACCUAUUUCUUAAGGCGUAGCAUUUCUACUAUGUUUCAUCAUUUACAAAGACAUGUCUGUCAAACCACUGAUUAUAGAAAUUGUCUUCCAGAGGCGCCAUCAGUUUCAGUUUUACCUAACACAACAACUGUCAUUGACGGAAAUAGCUUAAACUUGACAUGUAAUGCGUUUGGAAAACCAAAAGCAAGCAUUAAGUGGACCAUGGUUAACUAUUCUAAAGUCCUAUCCACUGAUUCACGACUCACUGUAAAUGUAAGCAGACCUGGGACAGCAGACAACAUGAUCCAGUAUCAAUGUACAGCCAGUAAUGGAGUGGGAACACCCGCUACAGCGACGGUCAAUGUCACUGUUCACUGUGAGUAGCUAUUUGUAUAACAGUCUUGAAACUGCAAGAAUUGUUUAACAGUUAUUUUUUAUAACAUUGGAUGUGAGAAUCCAAGCAAAUGUGAAUGAAAUGAUAGCCUAAAAGUAUGAAAUUCACUUAGAUGCUCUGAGAAACAACAUGGUAAAGUUAAAUUGCAAAUCAUGUAGAAUGAAGUAGAAUGAUACACAUUGCAAGCACAAAACAGUCAGUGAUUGCCCUUCAGUGUUUGUGAUCGUUUAUCAGCUUCUUCAAUCUAAAGUAACCGAUGUAAUAGUUACUAAAUCUCACGUGUAAUUUAUGUGGUAUUUUUUUAAUGUUCAGUCUCCUUAAAGGUGUUUGUUAAAAAUUAUAAAAAAUGUUAAAGAUAGGUACUUGUAUGUUGGUGUUGCUACGUAUUUGUCACAAAUUGCAUUCAUGAAUGUAGUAUUCCAUUUGCGAUUAAAUUAUGUACAUUUGAAAGUCUUGGAAUUUUCACAAGACAAGUUAUUGGUCCUACUAAAUCUGUACGAUAUAAGUAUUGUUAAAAUUGUUCUAAUGGUUAUUUGUUAUUAAGACAUGGAUUGUAAAGUUAACUACUCCUGUUAACGCAGCGUCUCAAAUAAGGACUCAUUUGGAGUGUGAGACUUCUUGGACUUCCGCUAAAUUUUUUGACAUCUGUUGAAGCUGCUUCUCAACUUUGAACCACUAUCCGUAAAACAUCACUUCUAAAAAGUCAAUUGGAGAUGUUGAAGGUUUUUCGUCACAUGUUCUCGAGCUCUAGGAGCACGACAUGGUGUUACUUCAUGGUUUUGGUUUUUUAUAUGGAAUCUGUUGAAAUUGGCAAAUAACAUUUAUGAACGUUUUCGCUAUUAUGAGCGAAAUGGAGCUGCACGAAGCCUAUAUUCUGGCCGGAUUUGCGGUUCAGAGGGAACGAAUUGAAGGCCUUGCAGUUUUUAGCGAAUCGCUGUUGAGUGCUCUUCAUUACUUACUGAACAUAGAGAAAUAGAGAUUAAGACUUUGGAACGAAGUGAUGCAGCUUAUUGUAAUAUGCGAAUCGAAAUGAGAAUCUGUAAUUUGCGAAACGGAAAUAUGCUAUUGAUUUCCUCAAUAGAAAUCUGUAAAUCUGUGAUUUGCGUACGAGAAUCCCUGCAGAAAACUCCAAGAGCCAGAAGAAUUCGUUUCCACGAAACAAUAAAAAUCCUAAAAUUUCUGAUUUUAGUAUUUUCCAAUUUGUCGUGAAAAGGAAAGGAAAGGAAAGGACAUUGGAAAUAAUAAAAUCGCGUAGCAAAGUCACUUUUUGACUUAGCUUGAGUCGCAGAGAAAUCAAGAAUGAUGGUUACCUCGGGCUUUAUACAACACCGGUGCCAAAUACAAUCCUACGUUCAUCAAAUUUCCGGUCGCGAAAUUCAUCAAAUUUUAAUGCGGCGAUUCAAAUCUUUCUCUGCUUGCACAAGCCAAAUUCCCGUAUUUUCCAUUCCUAUGACAAGUCUCGCCUCAUAAUCGCUCAAUAAAUAUUUGCAUUUGAACGCGAUAGUUUUUGUUUACAAGGUUUUCUCCGCGUACAUCUGAUAACGAAUCUCUGUUUUCUGCCUCGGAACGAUAUACCACAGAAGGCAUUUUAUGGACUGCAAGUUUUUUUGACUGAUUGAAAUUAAAAAUAUGUGGCAAUGACUUUCAAAAGUUUUUUUUUUGAUGACAGAAAAGUACGUUUUUUUUUUGUCCGUGAAAGUAAUCUACUGAUCGAUCCCAUCGCCAAUGUUUACAUAAGAUAGUCAAAUUGAUUAAUAGAAAUAAAUCAAUCAGCCAUUCAACUUAAACUGUUCCCACGGUUGUUGUUUCUCACUACGUCAAUAAUUGAAGCGAUUCACAGUAUUGGGUUUGUGCUUUAAAUAAAUAUUUUAAAGUUUGCUCGAAAGAUAAGUGUAAAUUGUAACAAGCUUGGUUAACGUUUAUGCGCGGCUCAGCACUUCAAGCCUGCAUACACUCGAUGCUAAACUCAACCUCGUUCCGUGUCUCUAUGCCCACCACAUUACUUUUCGCUGAUUAAAAACUGCCACGUAGCGCCUAUUGUGCAUUUUCUUGCGGAGGAAAACUAAAUCCAAUUUCUGAUUCUGGCCUGUUUACGGCUAGAAUAAUUAUAAUGAGACCGUUUGGUGAGUCUUCAAUUGGUGUUAAUAGCUGAAAAUUAUAUUUUAUAGUCUCGCAAGUGGCAUCGAGCUACACGUAAUUCCGGGUGCCGAGAUGAAUACUGUCCCUCUGUCCACCUUCGUCUUUCGUGUAAAUAUAUGUAAUUACGAUGACGAGAUCGAGCGACGGUGUAACAUUUCGAUUUUACAAACAGUACCAUUCGUCCUCAGCAAGAUCCUCCGUUAAAAGAGAGCGAUUUGAAAACACAACACAAAGUCGAUGAAAAUUUCGAUUGUCAGAAAAAAAUUUCUUAGUCCCGAUGGGGAAUCGAACCUCAGAUCUUCGGAUUCCGCGCUCCGAUGCUCUAUCACUAAGCCACAGAGACUCUACAGAGAGUGAGGUCUAUUGCGAUGUGUCACGCGUCCUGCAUACUGCUAGGAACAGCAAUGACGAUAGCGUCAUGUUUUAAAUCCAGAGCUAACUAGGACUGAUUUCGCAGAAAAAAAAUCGGUGUCUUCAGCUCAAGGCCGCCAAGAGAACAUUUUCAAAUGAGAUCGAAACUAUUUGUGCCAUAUAGCCAGCCAGGGCCAAUGCCUGAAAUCGCAUAAAACCCUCUAGAGUGAUUUCCGUGAAAACGAAACGAUUAGUAUGCGAUCUCCUCCGUCGAACGCCAAAAGGUCUUUGCAUUUGUUGGUCACCACUGCCUCCUUCACUAGAGCACUAUGGAGUUACAGGAUGCAGUCUUACCUGGUUCAGAAAUUAUCUGACCGCUCGUUCGCAGACAGUUCAAUACGAAAAAUCAUCCAGCCUUACUCUAGACUUCGGCGUUCCUCUAAGUUCCUUACUGGGACCAUUGCUAUUUGUGAUAGACGUAAAUGACCUGCCUCAAUGUUUGGUGCAUUCGGCGAUUAAGUUUGUAUGCCGAUGACACAGUGAUGUAUUAUACUGGGUCCGAUAUCAGCAUCAUCAGAGAAAAUCUGAAAGAAGACCUCAAACGAGUCGAGUAGUGGUUGUGAGUAACAGACUAAUACUAAAUCAGAGCGAAACAAAAGGCCUACUCUUUGGGACAAGGCAACCGUAGCAAACCUUAUCAAGCUUUGUACUGCAGAUCCAAGGAAAGGACAUGGAGAGGGUGACAAAAAGUUCAAUUAUUUUAUUAUGCUCAAUGAACAGCUUCACUGGAAAGAGCAUGCCAAUCCUAUUUGUAACAAAUAGUCAACAAGCGUUUGCGAUUUUUAGCACGGAUAAGAUCUUGCCAUACUCUUAAGGUAGCGAAGUGUGUUUAUAAUACCCUUAUUGAGCCAAUCCUGUGUUAUACCGACGCUGCGUGGGGUGAACUGUCAGUCACCUCCAGCAAAACCCUUUAACGGUUACAAAAACGUGCUACCCGCAUCGUUUUAAGGCGUGAUUCCUCUAAAGACACUUUUAAUGUUUUAGGGUGUGCUGAGUUACAAAUGAAACGGAAAAGACACAAAUGUGUUUUAGUUGAUAAAUGCUUAAAUAAGCUAGUACCUCGGUAUUUCUGUAACUAUUUUAUUAGAAAAUACAAUGUACAUAGCUAUGACACUCGCUGAAGAACCUAUUUGCACCUGCUCAAACCGAAGCUAAGCCUUGGGAAACGAAGUUUUAAAUAUUCGGGCAUGGCCCUUUUUAAUUUGUUGUCUCGGUACAUUCAGAACGCGGAGUCACUUUCUUUCUUCAAAUUUUUGAUGAAUAGUCACAAUUUUUAACAUUUGUAUUUUUAAAUUAUUACUGUAAUGAUGAGCGUACGAUGCGGUGAUUCAAACCUUUUUAUUGUAUGGUUGACAAUAUAUUGGUACGGUUGGUACGGUUCGAAAUCAAUUGGUCCGUCCGUACGUCUUCACCAUUUAGCAGCGAACUAGUUAAUUAGUCUUAGUGACGUAACGCUUAAUGUGCUUAAUUACACUUUACAAUUAUCGGUAAUAGUUAUUUAGCGAUACAAUUACAUCCAGUAUUUUUAAAUAACUAUAUUGUAUUUUUACAUUAUUAUACUUUUUAGCCCAGGACCCCUCUGAACACCAGCCUUAGGGCUGAUUUGGCCACCCUGGUAAAAUAAAGUUUACCUUACCUCCUUACCUAAGGAGAGGGAAAUUUUAGGAAAGCUUGCAUUCUCUCUACCCAUACCUUUUGUACCAUUGCACCAAAAUGUUUUAAAACUUCAUACCAAUUGGUAAGCCGCAUGAGAGGUAUGGCCCGUAUCACGAGUCCUAUUUCUAUCGACCGCCUUCAGGUGGAAAUUUUAUGUUCUCUUGGCGCCAUGACUUUAUUUGUUUUUAUGGUGCUCCUGCUAACGCAAACCUUACCACAUCUCCCAGUAACACUGUAAUACACAGACAGAAGCAGUUGACGAUAUCCUUUGUCAGUUUCAUGAUUUGAUUCCCUUUUUUUUUAGACGCUCCUGGCGGCGCAAAACUCAUUUCAGCUCUCAGUAACACCACAGUGCUUCGCAAAAGUCCCUUCAAGUUAACAUGCCAAGCCGAUGCUAGUCCUGAAGCUGAAUUUCAUUUGUACUUUAACAAUAGACUCAUAAUGACCAACAGCUCAGGGAUUUUUAAUGUUACUGUGGUGUCUGAUGGUACGUACACUUGUGUUCCUGUCAACAAAGUUGGUGCUGGAAAAAAUUCCUCUGUCAGUGUUACAGCUGUUGGUGAGUUAACAUUCAGGUUAAUAUACUCGAUUUCAAAAACCGGAAAGUCACGAAUCAUUAACAAGUAGACCCAGAGAUUUACUUUUAUCCUUAUUUAUGCAAAUGAUUUUUAUGAUAAUUUCUUUUAUUUCGGGAAAGCUGGAAUAGCUUUUAUCAUUCGCCAAUUCAAGCAGUUAUGAUUGUCUUAACAUGUACACCAUAAAGCUGUUGGGUAUUAUCGUUCAGUUUUAGUAUUUGAGCGACCAAAAGAAACAAAAUCAUUUUUUCACAGCUCACGUUGUGAGAAUAUUAAGCCGUGGGAGUAAAAUUUUGCAACUUUAUUAAAUUUCCUAUCUAGAUAGACAGGGUUUAUCUUGACAUGUCUGUCAAACCACUGAUAAUAGGAAUUGUCUUCCAGAGGAGACAUCGGCUUCAGUUUUACCUGAAGCAAUAACUAUCAUUGACGGAAAUAGCUUAAACUUGACAUGUAAUACGUCUGGCAAACCAGAAGCCAGCAUUAAGUGGACCAUGGUUGGCUAUGCUGAAGACCUAUCCACUGAUUCACGACUUAUUGUGAAUGUAAGCAGACAGUUAGCAAAGAAAAACACGAUCCAGUAUCAAUGUACAGCCAGUAAUGGAGUGGGAACACCCGCUACAGCUACAGUCAAUGUUACUGUUCACUGUGAGUAGCUAUUUGUAUAACGGUCUUGAAACUGCAAGAAAUGUUUAACAGUUAUUUUUUACAUCGUUGGAUAUGAGAGUCCAAGCAAAUGUGAAUGAAAUGAUAGCCUAAAACUGUGAAAUUCACUGAGAUGCUCUGGGAAACAAACCCUACAAAUCUAUAGUUUGAGAAGUUUUUUGCUCUACUUGUUUGUGUCAGACGGCGUUCGUUUUAUGUUGUCAUUCUACAAAAACAAAACUUUCGGUAGAUUAUCGAUGUUGAACGUAAUCUGGUGUAAAUAAAUUUCCCAUGCAAUCUCCAUAAUACAUACAUCGUGGAGUGGUGUCGAAAUUGAAUUUUAUGUCCCAACUCUAGGAAACAUACGAUAAAGUCACUCACCUCCCAUUCAACUCACACCCGAACCGAAAUCUGCUUUCUUUUCUUUGAAAACUCGAUUAAACUAUGGGAGUGUUUUUUUUUGUUAUUUAGAUCCAGCAAUGUUUACUGACCCGGAAAAUGUAACAGUGAACGUAAAAGUUGGGCAAGAAGUGGAUCUUCUGUGUAGUGGUGAAGGUUAUCCUACACCGGCGAUUAUUUUAACAGCGAUUUAUAUCAAUGGUAGUCACCGAAACCGUUUGUCAGGAGACAGCAAUUUGACAAUUGCAGCUGAGACUUCUUUCUGGUUUCAGUGUACGGUUGAAAAUUACCUGGCCAAACGUAUCAAGUGGUUUCACUUAGGUGGGUGAAUUGUAAAUAAGGCAUACCUUAAUCUAUUUUAAAUACUUUUGUUUUUUUUUUAAUUGUUAUGUGGAUAACCGUUAUACUUUCGGUCCUAGACCGUUCCCGGUUCUCCGUUCGCCGUUUUAGUAGCAUCCCUUGAAGGUGUACCGUAUCCUUAACAUCCUUUAUCCAUUAGAACCACUGUUAAGCAAACUUUAAAAUUUGUGUAAAAACACACAUCUACUGCUGGGAACCACCCAAAACACACGUCGUCACCAUUGUAGGACAACCCGGCUAUGCAGAAUGCAUUUUGCGCGAGAAAUACGACCGUUCAGGGCGGUUUAAGGGAAAUUUUUUGUUGUGCAUUUGAAUUUCAUUUACGACUAAGUUUGUGAGCUGCACCUUUUAGUAGUUACUGGCUUUUAAAUUUUUAAUGCAUGCGCAGAUAAGACCAUACAAGAACAUAAGUUACCUUUUUUAGUAUUUAAACAUCGUGGUAGCCAGGUUUGAAGGUGAAUGCAAUCUAACUGUGAUAGCAACACUUCGUCAGUCACGGUUAAGUUUACUCCAUACUGUUCAUGAACGUAGCGGAUGGAAUUUGAUGAAGUAAAGAAGAUAUGUCAAAUUCAGACGCGAAUAGUCGUGUUAUAGUGAGAUUUUCGAGAUGAAUUUGUCUGGCGAUGGUUUAUGUUGCAAAAUUCUCAUCACCAAUUACAGCGUGGAGAGGCACUAUACAAUUUUUAUGCACUCAUUGUUACGACCCGAUUCAUAUCAGGAAGAUACGUAUCAGAAGAAGUCGUGCACGUAAAUUUUCCACGACGUAUUCCCGGUUUAAAGGAAGCUCCACUCUUUUGUUUGGGAUAAUGAAGUUAAGUAUACCAUUAGCGGUAAACGAGUUAAUAGGUAGUUGUUAUUUUGCUUAGCAAGGCAGAAACCAAAGUUUGAACCGAUUUCUCCUUUUUCCUUUCAGUUUUAAGUGUUAUGAAGAUCGAAAUUACGAUGACAAUCGUCAACAAAGCCUGCAGUGAUAAUCCUGAAGAAAUUAUCAAACAGCUGCAUAAACUUGUGAGUAAAAUAAAGGAAUUUGUCUUUCGUUUCAGGGUUCAAAAUUUAGCACACUUGCCGGCUAUUUUUCACCGAAGAACUAGAAAUUUAUAGAAAAACUUAUGCUUAUUGAUCUUCUAACUGAAGUAAAAGUCGCUGUCAUGUUAUGGUGAACAUUGCACAUCAAGCAAUAAGGCAACCAAGAAAUGUUUUAAAAGCUGUUUUAAAAUGUAAACGAGUUUAAAGUUUCAAAAUUUGAAGCGUGCUACAGGGAGUAUUUUUGUUUACAGUAUUCAGCUUUCUACGUAUUUGUUCAAGAGUGAAACAUGCAUGGUUGUGUACACUCCGUCACAUAACCAUGUUUAUGUUUUUGCACGUAUAUACUACCUUUAAUCAAGAUUCAUUUUCCGUCAAAUCCUGUUUAAUGUCGUUUGUAAAGCCUCCUCACCUGUUCAAAUUAAAGUCGGUGCUUAACAGUACGGAUUUGCCAUGGCUGUGAAUGAAGAAGCACAAACACCGAAAAAAAAAAGCCGUUCACCAAGCUUUGUUAGAAAAGGAAUUGCUGCACCAAAACAUGUUGAUCAAAAUAAAGAUUCUGAUGCUUAAAUUGAUUUAGCAAUUUAAAGUAUACUAUAUGUCCACCAUAUACAAAUAAUUUUUUGUCAAAUAAAAAAGGUUUCUCUAGGAAAAGUUUGAUUCAAGAAGAUUUUGGUCAUAUGCUACGCAACGGGUCCCGUUUCAGCAAUAAACACGCAGAAUUUUCAUUGGCAGCCGGGAAAAAAAUGGGCCUCGACCAAAGCCUACAAAUUCACAUUGAAAGCUGAAAAAUUACUCUGAAUCCUGCGUUUUGUCAUGAACUAGGGACAACGAUGAAAUUUGAGUUUUUCUUCUGCAGUCAAACUCCAGACCUCUGGAUUUCGUGUUUCCUGAUGCACCACAUCUGAGACCAUCGAGACAGAGCACCAUCGAGUUCCCUGUAAUGUAGCUUCCGUUGUACAGCACGGGAAUACAGAACCUCAAGGUCUCGGGUCUGAUCCCUCGUGGAGAAAACCUCGCUUAAAAUUUGCCAUUUUCUCAUUGCCCGUCUCAGCGAAUGGAGGUUUCCAUUCAGCAUGCGCUUUAUCCAUGUAAUAUUGGCUAGUCAAAGUUGUUAGAUGAACCUUUGCUUUACAAUAGGCACAUGAUUUUCAGGGUCGUGAGAAGUUGACGUAAAUAGGAAGUUUUGCUUUCAUUCCCUCACUUGAUCAUUUCAUCAUAAAGCACACCUUCGAAGUGAUGUAGAAUUAUUUUAUAAAACCACUCCAUAAUCCUAUAUGAUUUUAUUGCUCGAAGGUUUUUGUGGCCCGUUAUGGCUGAUGUGCACCGUAUACCUCUAAGAAGAACGUAUUAGUACAUACACCUCAUUGACUUUAGUGUCUGAUAUUUUCCCUUGCCAGGUGACUGACAUUUUGAAGGAAAGGGAUAUACCUGUUGAGAAAGUUGAAUCUGUGACAUUUAGGUAUGAUAUCCUCUUGCUCGUUUCCUGUAUAGCACAUGGGGUCUGCUCAUUAUGUGUCAUUAAAUAGAUCUUAUAAAUCGCAAGAAUAAGUUAUCUCAUGUAUAGGACAGUAGUGGGGAUAUUAAACCAACAGAUUUGCGGUCAUUAAUUCUAGAUUCUUCUUUAUAUAUUUUGGAGAUGGCAUGCAAAAUUUUAGAUUAAAAUUAUUUGACCUUAAAUGAAGAACACGACUUCCGAAUAGUGGCAAUUGAUGCACCUAUCCAUAAGUUGCGGAUGUCACGGAAGUGCAGCGCGAAAACAAGGCUAGUCAGUCCUCAGUGCGUGAGGUGGUAUAGCUAAUUUUUAGUGUUUACGUUGAAGUUUACGGCAAUUCCUGCUGUGUGCCUGAAUGCAAUCAAAAAGGUAAAAUAGGGGACAACAAUGAGAAGAUAUCAUGUUUCAAUUUUUUCACCGGUAAAACGAGACGUAAGUGAUGGCUGCAUGCGAUAAGGAGAGAUGAAGGAAAGGACUUUCGCGAGACAAAGGAGGAUAAGGUACGCUCUCUACACUUUAGGCCAAGUGAUUUGAGAAAUUCGUUCAAUGGGAGAGUGUAUCUAAUGCGAUGAAAUCAUGGACCAGCACCAUGACAUACUGCUGUUCAGAUUCAUUUAAAGAAAGUGAGACCCUGCAAGGAACAAAUGCAAAUGAACUGAAGAAGGAUGCCUUGGUUUCAAAUCUGAGUGAACAGGUGAAGCCUUGAAACACAACAAACCCUUAUUUGAGCUCUUAAACUGGAUUUCGAGUCGAGAACAUCCACUUAGAUAUUGCAUCAAGGCCACGGACCCAUAUUUUUACCAUACAUAGUUUGUCUAAAGGAGAAUGGCUUUGGAUGUAAGAUGUUCUGUUCACGAGUGGAAUGAUUUCUUUUUUCUGUUCACUAAUAAACCAAAAUUUGAGGCAGUUAACCUAAAUUUCCUUUAAUUUUUCCAUGCCUCUGAAUCACCUUGUGCAGCAGUUUUUUUGUUUAAUUUCAUUCAGUUUGUCCUCGUCAACAGUUAGAUGUUCUAAAAGUGACGCUUGCACAUAACGAAAAAGUGCACUUGACUGCGUCCAACCGACACACCGCUCUGAAUUUUCUGAAAUUUUCUGAAAACGUUUUGCCUUUCUCAUGCUAAUUGGGACUGAGUGAGUCUACCUGUGACGAUCAAUUUUUUUUCCAAAUCUUGAUAUAUGUAUAUUCAACUCAGCUAGAGUGAACAUGGGCAUACGUAACAGGCUAGAAGACCAACCGUCUUCAGGAUAUUUAAUUGGCUUUAUUAAUGAUGCGACUCCCUGGUCUACACAACCUUUUUGCUUUUCUUUUCUUUUUGUAUAAAUUUUAUCCUUUCUUUUUGUACAAAUUUUAUCCUGGGUCAAUAAUAUUAUUGUAGCGACCACUUAAAAUGUAUUCAUCCAACUCACGGUUAUGAGAGACACAAUUUCAUUGUUUAAACAGUUUAUUACUUCCAUAACCUCAGAGUUAUCAUAAAAGGUAACAAGAAGCUGCUUUCAACAACGUGGUCUACGUAAAUUCCAAAUUACCUUUUCAGCUACGUAUUCUGCUUUGUUUUGAGUCCUUUGCAAGAGUCGCCACGACAUCGAGCCAGAAUUUCGUUCUUCAAUUUUCUGAGAUGGCAACCUUCCUUCAAGAGAAGCACCUGGAAUAUCUUCCUUUGUGAGUUUCACAGCACCACCAGAUUCCCCAGAUGUUGUAAUAAAUUUUCCCUGCGGCGAACGGAUUGACUAGCCUCGUUUUCUAGCCUGUGUCGGGUCUACUAGGUAAUCAGGUUCUAACCGAGGCAAAAAACGACCAGCAAAUAUUUCGAGACUAAAUCUUUAUUAAAAGAAUUGCAAACUUUUUGCUAUGAAGCGAAAAACGAACGAAUUUCUUGGGGGUAUGAGACCACGCAGUAUAUUUAGCAUGCUUAACUCGUUGUUUACUAGAAUUAACGGCCAGAAAAUUGCGCAGAUUUCUCUUGGAAAACUUUAAAAUUCUGAAAUUGUACAGUUUUAAUGUGAGAUUCUAUUGAACAAUAUACUUUUACGAAAUAUCAAAACUUUAAACUGAUAGUAUCAACCGUUCGGAAACGAACCGAAAACUAUUCACGAGACCAAUUUGGUAGAUUUACCCCGAUUGAAUUGAUUUUUACCAGAAUUUACGAGCAGAAAAUUCGGUACCUUUGUGUUGAAAAUCCUGAAAAUUCAGUACGAUUUCAAAUCAUUGAACAACACACUUGAGACACAUCAACACUUAAAAGUAAUAUUUACCGCUUGAUGAAGAUUGCCCAGCGUCGCAAAGCCUCAGUUGAAGUCAGAAAGCUCAGUUUUGUUUACAGCCAUAAUUCCCAUCUUGUUUGGGAAUGAAGUAACGUCAACUACAAAGCUAAUUUCGUCGCUUGAAAGAACUACAUGCUCAUUGCUUUUCGAGACGAAAAUUAUCAAGCAUAUUUUAUUUUCAUUUUGAGAUCCAAAAGGUCUAUCUCAAUCGGGAUAGAGCGGGGGAAAAAUCUUGAAAGUUUGAAACCCUGCGGCUAAACUCAACGGGGACUUUCAGCCGAAGUGAAUUGCACACGUCAUGUGACGGGUGCACGACCGUGUAGUACGUAAGGAUUUUUAAUAUGGUAGCUCCUCAGGAAGUAGGUAGGCCUUACGCGCGCUGAGUUAUAAUAUUUUGCUAUUUGUUCCUGGGCUCAGUUGUUCGAAGGCCGAUUAGCGCUAACCCAUGGUUAAAUUUUAAUCUGGGUUUCUUUACUCCUUUAUUCAAAAGCUUUUUUGGGUAAUGUCUUGUGUUCUUUUUAGAGCAUCAAAGAGUCAUAUCAUAAACAAAAAUAAUUCGACUGAAUUUUCUUUUAAAGCUCUCAGUUCUGAACUCAGAUUUCACACGAACCCUGGGUUAUCUUAACUUAGCUUGAACAGCCCGGCCCAGGAGAUUUGAGGAGCUCGAGUGGAGUUUGUUCUUAAGUCAUAAUGAAAUGAUGAUAUGUCGUUGGUAAGGAAUCUAUUUUCGCGGGAACAACUCUUUUUUUCUUUAAACGUUUCAAGCAAAGGGUUUUUCUAUGAAUCGUUGAGGGGACUUGAACGUCUCAGUGCAGCACGGCCUUCAUAUAUUUAACCCACCUUUCUAUGUCAGGUUUUUUUUUGUUUUUGUUCUAUUUGCUUUGUUUUGCUUUACACGAGUGAAUUUAGUGUGCGUACCUGUUUUUCGUCAUUGUUAUUUUUCAUGUCAGGUGUGGCAGUGUAACAGGAUACUUCUCACUGACCUUUAGUCGAAAUGUUGAGAUCGAAAACGUUUUGAUGAUUUUGAAGAAGGCUGCGAAAGACAAGAGGUUCGGUGACUUAAAAGUUGAUCCGAAUUCCAUCCAAGCAAUUUCUCCUGAACGGAUCCCUACUACAUCCACGCCAACGCCUACUCAAGUUGAUGGGGCGACGUCGGGAAAUCCUGCAGGUGCGCUUAAUUUUUUGUCCUUGCUUAGAUUUUAUACAUAUCACCAAGAAACAAACAUUUUUUCCUGAUAUCGCUAGUAUCUUAAUGUACUCCCACAUUCCCUUACAUUUUAUAAUUGAAUACGGGAGUUGUUCAAUAGCUGCCGGUCUUACCUUUGGAUUAAUAUAUCGCGAGCCACUAAGACGAAGUUACUAUAUUGGUUUUACUCGAAACCAGGGUGAUCAUUGAUUGCUUUCCAAACUAUUUUGUUUUCCAAAAUAGCAUUUUCCAUGAAAAAUGAACCUUUUAGGCAUAUUUUUCAUAUCGAUUCCGCAAAAUAUCGUGCUUUUUUCCAGACACUGCGAAAUGUUGGCCUCAAAGCAGCACUAUUUAGGUAAAAAAACGGAAAUUUCCCUUAUGUAAUAAAAGCAAAAUGCUUCAGUUUUCACGGAUUAAGAAAAUGUGUUGUUUCAAAAGAGUCACAUUUUGUAUAAUUCAACGGAAAGUUAAACGUAGGUGCAUUUUACGCGUACAAAUAUUCAAUUUUUAACUACUUUGGUCGUUAAAUCUGGUCAAAGUGCACAUAAUGCUCUGCACGUUUAAGAAUGGAACUAUAAAGUCUUUGAUUUUAACCCUAAAUAUAUUUAAGCGGUUUUUCUUUUCAAUUUUAUUUGACAUGGUGUUACGAACUGUAAUGCAGAAAUUAUGCAAGGUUUGACAUCCAAUGCUGCAGAAAUUCUGCAUGGUAUGGCUUCUCAUGCUGCAGAAAUUCUGCAAGGUUUAACGGCCCAAGCGUGCAAAAAUUCUGCACGCCUUGACGUCCAGUGCUGCAGAAGUUCUGCACGCCUUGACGUCCAGUGCUGCAGAAGCUCUGUACGCCUUGACGUCCAGUGCUGCAGAAAUUCUACACGCCUUGACGUCUAGAGCUGCAGAAAUUCUGCACGCUUUGACGUCCAGCGCUGCAGAAAUUCUGCUCGCCUCGACGUCCAGUGCUUAGACGACGACGAGGACACUUAAAGCCGAAUUGCAAAGAUUCGGCACCGAUUGUUUUUGAAGAAAUGGCAACUCUUGUUCCUGUUCUGUAAAGAUAAGCAGCUUUUGAUUGUAUUAUUUCAAUGCAUCAAACUUCCAAUACUCCCGUUCUCCUUAUCUUUCGGAGGCAUCUGGCGCACGAAGAUUUUAACGGACGCAAAUCAGAUGUGAGUUAGUUCAAAGGCUAAUUUUUUUAAAAGCUGACAGACAUAUGAAUCACGAACUCAUGUAUUCUCAUCAUUGCCUCUCUUGUGAUAAAAUUUAGGGAGCAAUUAAGUGCGGCGAAAAGAAAAAAGUCGCAAACAACUACAUUUCCGUCUGAGGUUUCACACCAUCAAAUCAAUUAAGAAUUUGACAUUUUCCGGUGAGUACUAAUCUAAUAAACUUAGAAGCUUCCUUGAUUCUUUCCCCUGCUCGUUAACUGUUCGAAAUGCCUUGAAAUUAUGAGACCUUGUCCACACUAUAACUUUUUAGUCUGAAAUUUGAGUUGUUUUUGUUGUUUUUUUUUUAUCAACCGUACAGAGGAAACCGAUAUAUUUUUUUUCUUCGUCCCGGCGGUCUAUGAGUACACCGCGGCACAUUGGGCAUGCACUCAAUUAUGGUUAAUUAUAAAACUUAAGAGCCACGACGCCGGCGCUUCUGAAAAGCUCCGAACAUGAUAUCGAGACCAGAUUUAUGAUAAUCUUAAAAUCUUUAUUUCCUCUAAAAUUAUGAUAGCGGAGCUCGAAGCGCGCGAAGCUUAGCCCCAUAAUCAUACAAAAUAGAAGUAACCCAUCAAGCUAAAAAGAAUUUGGACGUACGACCGUACGACCGACCGUACAAGGUGCUACUUUUAGCAUGCGUGGCCAACUGUACCACGGGCAUCAUCUUAGCCAUAACGUAAUGGAAGGGGCGAGGGAGAAGGUAAUGCGCUGGCGCGAUUGCGCGCGUAACUUGGAUACCCCGUUAGUGUGCGCCAGGAAACACCGGCAGAUGGUAAUGAAGUGCGCAUACUCGAGUGUCGAGCCUCAGUGUAGCGUACCGCGGGCACAUGGCUAGGCACUGCACGAGGGCUUCACGUGGGCAAUUAGAUGUGAAGCCGCGUGAGCAAAUAAUUUGCAACCCGCAUUUUGAGAGCGAAACUGGUGAGGUUGAAGUUGAACAGUAAUUCUCAAUUUCUAAUCAACUCGCAAAGCAACAAUACCGGCAGAGCCAAAGAUUUGUCGACGGGAGGAAAUUGUUAUGAUUCAAGUUUGUGGAUCUAGGGUUUUAGGUGAAAAUAGGAUGAAAAGAAAGAGACUGAGCGACCAAAAAAAAAACAAGGAGAAAAAUACGUAAAGUGAGUCGAGAAAAACGCGUUGAAAGUUAGACAGGACACCAAAAUAUGCAGAAUACUGUGAAAGGAACGCGAAAGAGAACAAGAAAAGAUACAAGUAAAAAGCAGAAUAUCUAGCGAAGAGCAACGCGAGAAGGAAAUAUAAAGACGCUCCUGAAAACACACUGAGAAGAGUUCAUCAACAUAGAGAGGCGGACUACAAAGGAUCCGAGAAAGACGAGGAGGUAAGUCGUGUCUUAUCUGGGUUUUCUUUAACGCUAAGGCCCAGAAAAAAAUUCAAGUCUUUUUUAACAAUCGUCGUUUGAUACUAGCAUCAGUUAAUGAUUAAAAUCACGUUUCGGUAAAACAUUGACUUUGGCCUUCAUCGCCUUAAAGCUCUCGCGAAGGCUCAUCGCUCGAAUAACAUUUAAAAGUUUUUGUAUUCUUCAAGGUAUUUCUUGUCCUGUCGUUUGGAAUAUUUUAUACAGUCUCGGUGUUAAAGGAAAAGAAGUUAUCUUACGGAUUUUGUUUUGCCGAGAAAGCUUUCAAAUGAUAGCGAACGGCGAGCGCAACUUUCUACCUCUUUCUCUCUUCAGUCAUCUAUCGUAGGAUUUACUCAAUUCAUUUUAAAAAAAUCGCGCUUUGUCGUAGAAGUGUUGGUUUAGCCAAAGAACGAAGUGGUAGCCUUUCCCAAAAUUGAAAUAAAAUGAGAUUGAGUCAGCGAUGUCCAUGUUUACAUAAAGUCUGACGCGGUAUUUGAUUUUGAAAAUAUUGUCAUGUGAGAAUCCGUCAAACAUCUGAGAAUUAGAUUACGGACCGCAAAUGAGUUGUGCGAACAAACUCGCGGGUAAAAUGGAAUUAGCACUACUGCUGAAUUAGUGAACUUCAUUUUUUAGUCAUGGUACUUUUCAGCACUAUGUUUUCGUGCUUUCUACUUGAUUCGUACGAACUUCAAGAAAUAAUUUUAAUUGUCUCACAAAACAUGGAGCCACUCUCUCUUCUCUCAACAUCUCGAGGCGUACUUACUGCUCGGGUUAUGAUGAACAUGCUUGCGAUACGAUAUUUUUUUCCUAAUGCUGGAAACUGAAGAAUCAAUCUCUGAAAUUGAUAGUCAUCACAUUUUACGAGAAGCGUCUGAGUUGUGAUUGUGUAAUUUAAAGAAGGCUUGGCAAUUUUAGCUCACAAGCACGCUGAUAAGCACAUGGUUAGCGUAAAUAAUUGUUGUUUAUAGUUUUUGAAUUCGAGAGCCGUAUUUGAGACUCCGUUACUGUAACCUUUCUGAAUAUUUUCUGUUGAAUUCAUUGAGGUACAAUCUCAGAAUUUCAUAAGUGAUUAUGAACGAUAAAUUCAUAUAUGUAGCACAAGUGAAGUACUUUUUAACUUUCCAUACGAUUUUAGGAAACUAUAUUUUAUUAACUGUCGAUAAAUUGGCCUGCCAUAACGCGUUAAUUAUUUUAUUCUUUUGUUGCCUCACAAGCCCGGCUUAUGACUCUGGAGGUACUGAACUUAAUAUAUUUGAUACACAAGGCACCCUAGAUAAUUAGAUGUAGAUAAUUGCUUAAAAAAUAUCUAUUAUAGCUUUCUUCAGAAGCAAAGACACGUGGGUAAUACGCUUCUGCUUUAUUUUUGUUGUAAGGAGUUUCUUUUUAUGUAAUAUAUAUCCAUCCUUUAAUUUCCUCCUUAACCUGCCUGCAUAUAAUUAAAUUUUAUGUUUUAAUUCAAGUAUGAGAAGAUAAAACAGAAGUGUUGCAGAGUUCUCUUUACAGACUGAAUUCAGGUGAGAACAUCAGUAAACUGGUUGAUGUCAUAUGCUCCUCAUGAAUCUUUAAUUUUAUUGCCCUGGUCUUUUCACAAAGCCUCUUUUAUAUCUCUGUGUGCCAGCCAAUGAUUAAAAUCUCAGUGAAUAGAUAUAAUAAUUUUUUUUGUAAACAAUUUUAUUUACAAGACGAUCACUUACACUACUUACAGUAUUAAUUACACUUACAUUGUACUUGCUACUUACACUACUGAUACUUAUACUUACACUAAUUAUGCAUACACUACAUUACGAUACAUGUAUUACAAUACUAUUAACAUUAAUUUAAUUUACGGUUGGCGUGUUUACAAAGUUCUUUUCAAUUAAAAGACAAUCACAAGUAAACAUACAGGUCUCAAAAAUGCUACAUUUCUUUGGAUAUUCACUUUUGAUAUAGCUUAAACAAAUAUUUAUGAAAUUAAGCAUAAGUCUAACCUAAAACAACAGCAGCAUGAAAAAUUAAAGUAAAAAAGCCCACGUGCGAUAAAAAUUCGGAAGUUCUUUUUUUGCGGUCGCGAUCUCUUUUAGGAUUUCAAGUUUUCCCGUGAUGAACAGUAGGAAGUUUUGAAAAUCUAAGAUGUUUCCGCAAAGGCUUGAGCAGAAAAUGUGAUAUUUGGCUAACAAUAGGCAAUAAUUUAGGACUUGCCAAUGCUUUGUCCUAUAAUGCCAGCCAUAGAGUAUAUAUAGUUUUCUUGCAUUUACUAUUUUAAAAUUCAUAAAUGGCAUUCUCUUUUCAUCCAUGUAAAGAGAUAUUACACAUUUGGAUAAAUAUAUUUAAAACAUUAGCACUUUCAAAACUAGUCUUUAUCUGCAGCGUCAUGAACACCCCUAAAGACUUCAGUAAAGAAGUAAACAAGAUCACGUUCGACUUUAUUUGGAAUGACAAACCCGACAAAGCGCUUAAGUUAAGCUGGGUGAAACGGUUAUGCUCUAACUCGGAUGCUCCAUGGCAGUACAUACCAAAAUCGCUCCUAACCGAUGUUGGCGGUACAGAACUGUUUAAAUGUAAAUAGGAUUAUAAUCUCCUUGACCUAGACAACCAUCUUCCUGCUUUCUACAAACAAAUCAUUUUUUACUGGCAGAACAUCGCAACGGCCACACCUAAAAAUAAAAGUGAGGUUCUCCCACAGCCAAUCUGGAAUAACCGAUUUUUAACUGUAAAUAAGAAAAUGGUAUUCUUUCCUCGUUGGUAUUAAGCAGGAAUAAAACAAAUCUCGGACCUUUUUUACUCCUGUGAGGGCCAUUUCCUUCCAUUUAAUUCUUUUUGCACUAAAUUCAAUGUAAAAUGUAACUUUUUACAAUAUUAUAGAAUUCUUUCUUCUAUUCUCCAAAAUUGGAAGAAGCUAUUGCAAGAAGGUUCCAAAGACCCAGUUACGCCUCCCACCUCAAUGUGUUCACUGUUAUGCAAGACAAUAUACAGUUCGCUGCUUAACCUUGGAGAUCUACCUUCACCAACUUCUGAGAAAAAGCUUUUAGCGUCUGGCGUCGAGAAAAGUGACUUGACUAAAAUCUACCUCCUACCAUUCAAAGCCACGAGAGAAAUUAAGUUGGCAGUGUUCCAAUACAAAAUCAUUCACCGAAUUGUACCAACGAAUAGCUUGUUACACAAAAUGAAAAAAGUUGCCUCGCCCUCCUGUCCCUUUUGUCCUUCUGAGUGUCAGACCCUGUGGCAUUUGUUUAUAAACUGCAUACACGCAAGUUCUUUUUGGAAUAGAUUCCAGGAGUGGUACUCAAUCUCUAGUAAUACGAAACUGCUGCUGUCAGAACUAGAGGUUAUGUUCGGAAUUAUUUGCUGUCACACCUAUUGUUUAGUCUUCAACCAUCUCAUUAUUUUGGGUAAAUAUUUCUUAUAUGUUAACGCUUUAGAUACCAUAACGUACGAAUUCGAUGAUUUUGUCUCACUUGUGCGCGAAAAAAUUAAUCUAGAAAAAUAUAUUGCAGUCACUCGUAAUAAGGAGAAGGAAUUUAGGAACAAAUAUAAAUUUUUUCUGUCUUUAUAAAAUUUUAUUGUGUCCUUUUUCUUCUCAACUUUUGUAUUUUGAUUUGUUUCUUUUUGCUACCUAUCUAUUUAAUAAUCUAUUCAAUUCUAGAAAAUUAAUUACCAAUGUAGUGUAAUUAACAAACUCCCAUGAGUGACCAAGGCAGAAUUUCUCCUAACAAUAUCAAUACAAUAUCAAUCAGAUAAGUGAUGAGAAUAAAGAAAAUUUGGGGAUAAUUAGUUGAUCUAAUACUAAAUUCUUAGAACGAGCAUUAUAAGAAUUGUAUAGUUGACAGUAAGGAGAAUUACAAAUUUGAACUGGGAGUUAAAGGGUUAAAUUUUAUUUGAUCAAAAACAUGAAUGGCAAUAGAGAAAAUUAGCUAGCACAAUUCAAGUUUCCCCUCUUAAGUAUUCUGUGAUGUUUUUUCUAUCACAUGGUAAAGUUUACAGUUUCCCUCAUUUCACUGUCUUCUGUUCACUUGUUUGUUUGCUUUCCUAACAAUCUUAGCUAUUGUUGCCAACAAAUGCGAGGAGCAUAUACAUGAAAAUGUGUACAGUUAAUAACACUUUAAUCCCUGAGAGUGACUAGCAUCUAAUUUCUCCAUUCAAUAUCAGCCGAGUCACUCAUUAAGGUCAUGAGAAUAAAGGAAAUGAUAAUCAACUGUAGAACCUCUUGAUUGUUAAACAAAUUCUCCUUGCCAGCACAUAAGGAAAUAUAUAGAGAACAGUAUGGAGAAUAUGCAUUCUGAUAUUGGAGUGUAAAGGGUUAAAGACAUCAUGUAAUCAGUUAUAUAUAUGUAGAGUAUUGCUUGAAUAUAUGAUUGCGGUAAAUACAAAUACUAAGUAAACAUCAUUCUAUGCUCUUCUACUCUUCCACCCUGGAGGUUGCCUUGUGUAAAAAAAAAAAACCUUUUUAAAGACACCUCUAUGAUGGUGGGUACACACAACUGACAUGUAUGAGGGAAGCAUGUCAAGCAUUAAGGCAUGAUUGUCAACUUGCCUUUUAUUACUCACAAACAGCUUAUUUCUAUCAGCUUUAAAAACUCCUGUAUCCCCACUUUCAAACAAAAGCAUUUCCCAUGAAAAUUUAAGCAUUAAAGACAUAAGCUACCAGCAACAGGUUUUUCCAUUGCAAGUGUUUCAUAACAUCAGACUCUCAUCACAUUUUUUUGUUACUUUUGAAAGCAUAAGAAUAUUUUAAUCAUCACAAUAUGAUGAAAUCCCUCAUUUUAACCCUUUAACUCCCAUGAGAGACCACGUCAGAAUUUCUCCUUACAAUAUCAAAACAAUGUCAGGCAGACAAGUUAUGAGAAUAAAGAAAAAUAUUAGUUGGGGGAUUAUAAGAUGAUCCAAUACUAAAUCCUCCAAACUAACACCACAAGAACUGUAUAGGAGAUAGUAAGGAGAAUUACUCGUGAGAUCUUGGGAGAAAAAAAUCAUAUCUAAAAUAUGGCAUAACUAUUCACUGAGGUUUUAAUCAUUAGCUGUCACACAGAGAUAUAAAAUAGGGUUUGUGAAAAAUAAACAGGGCAAUAAAAUUAAAGAUUCAGGAGAAGCAUAUGAUUUCAACCUGUUUGCUGAUGUUCUCACCUGAAUUCAAUCUGGAAUGAGAACUCUGCAAGACUUCCGUUUUAUCUUGAAUUCAGACAUAAAAUUCAAUUAUUUGCAGGCAGGUUAAGGAGGAGACCUUUUUCCGCUCCUUUGUGUCCUUAUUCAAAUACUGCGAUUUGUGUAACAAUAGCACUUCACACCAGUUAGUUGAAAAAGCAGCUACCUUGUACAGUUUAGUUGAUUACAAACUAGAGUACGCUAGAGGUCAUGUCGCUUGUUGGCCUGACCUGGAAUAAAAGUACUGUGGAACCAAAAAUUGUCUUAUCCUUGACGUCCGUAUAAGCUCGCUCGAAGUAGGUCUCCGUGUGCCAGGAAAUCGUGACGAGUUUCCGUUCUCGCUGCCGAGUGGUCUCUACCGAGUUAUUUUCCCCCAGUUGUUAUUGUGCCAUCCGCGAAGAUUCAGUUUCCCAGUUUGGGUGCGGAAAACCUUAUCGUCACAUAAUGUGUUGACAAAAUUUCCCUAAAUUAUGGUGCCGAUACGAAUCUAUCAUUCAUAAUCGCUUAUGAAAUUCCGAGACUGAACCUCAACGAAUUUAACAGAAAAUAUCCAGGAAGGUUACAGAAACAGACUCUCAAAAACUGCUCUUGAAUUCGAAAACUGUAAACAGCAAUUAUUUACGCGAACCAUGUGCUUACCAGCGCGCUUGUGAGGUCAAAUUGCCAGAACCCCGUUUAAUUGCUCGAUCACAGCUCGGACGUUCCUUGCAAAAUGUGAUGACUACCAAUUUCAGAGAUCGAUUCUUCAGUUUCCAGGAUAGGGAAAAAAAGUGGCUCCAUGUUUUGUGAGACAAACUAUUUCCUGGCGUUCGAGCGAAUCGAGUAUAAAGCAUGAAAACAUAAAUUCACUCAUCCCGCUGUAGAGUCAACUCCAUUUUUUCCGUGAGUUUGUUUGCACCACACAUUUGCAGUCUGUACUUUGAUUCUCAGAUGUUUGACGGAUUCUCACAUGACAAUAUCGUCAAAAUCAAAUUACCGCGUCAGACUUAAUGUAAACAUGAACACCACUGACUCAAUCUCAAUUUAUUUAAACUUUGGGAAAGGACAUUACUUAGUUCUUAGGGUAAAACAACACAUCUUCGGCAAAGCGCGAAUUUUUCAAAUGAAUAGAAUAAAUCCUGCGAUAAUUCCGUCUCGCGUUGCUUUUCGUUAGAUACUUGCCUUUUUCUUAUGCCCUUUAUUGUUCUCUUUCGUGUUCCUCUCGCCGUAUUCUGCCUAUUUUGGCGUCCUUUCUAACUUUCUUGCGCGAUUUUCUGGACUCGCUUCAAUCGCGCCAUUACCUUCUCCCUCGCCGUUCCAUUACGUAAUGGCUAAGAUAGGGCCCGUGGUAUAGUUGGCCGCGCAUGCUAAAAGUAGCAGCUUGUACGGUCGGUCGUACGGUCGUACAACCAGAUUUUUUGUCGUACAAACCAAAUUUUGAAGACAUGGCAGGCUUGAACUACAGGCUUAUAAGAAAUCUGCAUGUGUGUGUGUGUUUUCAACAUAGAAAACCGGUAAAAAGAUUGCUUAGCUUUUUUCAUUAGUACACAUUUCUUUUUCUAACAAUCUUGUUUAUUUGGCCUACGCCGAGUUCUAAUUUUUCAAACAAAUUUUACAUUCUUUUGAAUAUUCUUAGAUCUCCUAAUAUCAGUUAAUAUUCAUGUAAUUAAAAUAAUUACAUCAAAUCUUGCAGAUGUUUGGUACAUUUUUCCACUGGACCUACUGACAUUUCAUCAUGCGUAGGGAUUGGUAUUGGCUAUAAAUGUAAAUAUUUGUGCAGAGCCUAUGCAUCAAAUAUUUGUAAUAAAAUAUUGUAUUCUUCUUAAAACUAGCUUAUCAGAAUAAGAAUGAGUUACCAAGCACAAAUAUGACUUUCACGAUGAUAGUUUCCAGGUUUGAAAAAAGUCACUGCCCACUAAAAUCCUCAGUUCCUAUACCUGAACUGCUCAACCUCAUCAAAACAUUGGCAACAUGAGCGAUUUGCAAAUUAACAAUACAGACAAGAGAGCCUAUUCCCACAUACACCCCCCUCAGUUCUGUUCGCUUACUAUGGACAUAACAUUUCAAACAUGGUGUAUGUUUCCCUGACUACUUAUUUUGUAAAGGUGAUCACAAAUUAUUGGAAAAUGGUUGGGUUGAAAUAUAAUACAACGACUUGCCGGUAGAUAGUGCAAUAAAAACUUUCUACAUAUCAAUGAAAUUUAUUGUUGUGUUUCAUGUUCAACAUGUUGCAAUGACUCUACCUUCCAGUAAAUUCAAUUAUUUGCAAACAUGAGAAAAUACCAUCAAAAACUUUUCAAUCCAUUUAAAAAGGCCAAUAACAUCAACUCAACUUUAAAACUUAAGAGAAAACUUGAUUGAUGUUUGGAAUUGAUUGCAUUGAUGUAAAAAUGAAAUCCAGGUAUUAUCUCAAGUUUUCCACAAAUGUCUUCAUGAUCGAAUCCUAAGUAUCUCUUCGUCAUUAAGUUUAAUCAUGACAUUUUAGCUCUAGCUUGUCUUCUUUUAAAGCAAACUUUUGCAGCGCAAGAAACAUGUUAGACAAAUUUCGUAGUUCACUAGCUAGAGUUGCUAAGAUCAUGGGCAGUUGGCUUAAAGAAACCUACAUUAUAAGUAGUUACAGCAGAGGUUACCGAAUCAAAUAACAGAAAGAAUCCCAAAAAGACGCCGUGUAUUUCCAGCCAGAGGACAAUCUUUAAAGAAUAAUUGCCAAAAGAGGAAAUGUUUAAAGAAAUUACAGCUUCAAACACGAGUUGAAAAUGACUUCUCUUUUUAAUUUUUACGCGAAACAGAGGAGGUUGAAACGUUCGGGAAAAAAUGGUGGGGCAAGCAGUCAUACUUGGCGACUUCAAGAGAAGAUAUAAGAGAAGCCCAUACGAUUCUGGCGUCUUGGUUUACUAAUUCACUGUUAUCACGUGUACACUCUUCAAUCGACUACUGAUGUCUAAACUCGAAGUAGUUUACCGUCGUUUCUUUCAAUUUUGGCUCAUUUUCCCAAACCAAAAUUAUCAGUCACGCUCAAAAGAAUAUAAUUUCAAUUGAUGCUGACAUCGCACACUUCCUCUGAAGAAGAAAAGAUUCUCUAUCUUCGAAAAUUUGCUCAAAAUAUCAGGAACAACAACGAAGAUCCUCAGCUGCUUGAAGAUACUGCUGACUAGCAUGCGUUUUAUCGCAAGUUGUGAGAACGUCGUCCCUAGGUUCCAGACCUCGCCAAUUCUUCCCUUUCCUCCCACCCCCUGGACUGGUGUCUUAAUCCUCUUGAGAAACUCUUUAUUACAGUUUUUAUUUUAAUGAGGGGCUAGAAAAUAAACUAACAAGAGCUCCGCUUUUAGGCUUGGCUAAAUCUUUAUAUUACAUCAACAAUCAGAUGACCAUGGCGGCUAUAGUAACCUAUCGUCGUGCAUAUUUUGAUUACGAUCAGCAAAAUCUUUGCUGUUGUUGAUCAUUUGUUGUAUAUUGAUUGACUGGUAGAAUUGUUUUCACCUGAAAAUCGUAUUCAUAUUAACAUUAAGAUCCUGGAAAUAUGACUCAGUAAAAGCAUUUUAUACGUAAAUCUUCCACCAACAGAAGACCAGUUAUAAACAGACUGAUUUAUUUAAAUGUGAAAAGUUCUACGCUUGUUACCUUAUUUUGCAGAAUAUGAAAAUAUCAGAGUCGGUCUUUGUGAAUAACUAUAAAUGAAUCAGUCUAUGAAUUUUUAUUUGACAGAGAUGAACAUUUGUGAAUGUUCUUGUAAACACGUUUUACUUGGAUCCAUCAUCGGAGUCCUUCUUUUAUUCAAUAUCAUUCUCGUUAUCUAUGUGGUUUGGAUUCACAAAAAAGGUAAGUAAUUCUUGGUUUUCCUUGAGGUGCCAUCUAAUUCUCUUAUUAUUCUUAAUUCACUUUUUUCCCAUAACUUUGCCCUCAUCUUUUAUCUAUAUUUUUCUCUGAUAGAAUCUGCGGCAAAGCGAAGGUGAGUCUUAUUACCAUGCGGAUUGAUUUGUUAAGAGAUUCCAUCCAGUAAGACGAUCGAUUGCUCUCUUAAAGAGCAAAGCAUUUGUUAUAGCUGACAGUGAUAACUAAAAUGCUGAAAGCAGAUAUUCGGAAUUCAUUUUAGGUUCUUGCUAAUGCUUUAUCACACACACGAGAUGAAAGACACAGCAAAUAAGAUUCAUUAUCAGUAUCAACAGCUGGAUGGGCAAUUGAUAAAAUUACCUCAGAGUUUUACACAUUUAAUUUCUUAGUAUGUAAUGUUGGUAGAAUCUUCAAUUUGUCGUUUUAAUUAUGUAUCUGUAGUUUUAAUUAAGACUGUAAUUUUCUUUAUCUUCUUAGACUUGACUUAGACACGACCACAUCAACCACGCUGAAAUUGUUUUCGUGCGCAAAUGAAUGCUUUUGAUAUUAUUACAGUGAUCAUUAUUCACAUCACAGUGUAGUUUUAAGAAGGAAAAAUUGUAUCAAUAGCAUCUGAAGGACUGACUGCAAAUUUUCAUUUCUGACAACACAGGUACAAAACAGUUAUAAAGAUAAAAAAUACUUAAUCCUCACAUUUUGUUUUAUUUUAGACCAUAUGAAGACAGCAGAGAAGUAUAUGAUGUAAGAAAAGUUCUGAUUAUGUUUUUAUUUUUCUCAUUUUUAUUGAAUCUUGUGAGAAACAAGGUGACUUAACGUUAAAACCGUUAGUGAAAAUUUAGGCGAAGUUUAGACUUAAAAGAUAGGAAAUUUUGAAGUUUAGAAGGAAGUAGGGAAUUAAAGAUAAAUUUUCCUUUCUCUUCCUUUAUCUCAGAACGAAGUGCCGAUGAAAGAUCAGGACCGCUCAGAUGCAAGACAAUUUCUCCAGCCUCGCGCUGAAUACAUGGAUCUCAAAGAAAUAAGAACCGAACGCUCAACCAAAGAACAAAGGGCUCAUCGAGUGGCAGAUUAUACGCCUCUCCAUCCAUCAACACGCUCUUGGGAGGUUCCAAGGGAUCACGUGUCUGUAGAAAAAAUCAUUGGUAAAGGUGCUUUUGGUCAGGUUGCUAAGGGAACAGCUGAGCAACUUCAUGGGAGGCCUGGGACAAUUACAGUGGCUAUCAAAAUGCUCAAAGGUAUGAUCUUUCAUAUCGUAAAAAUAGUUUAUAUUCAGCUGAAAUUUUCAUGUUUUCGUUAUUGGUUCUAACUCUCCAUGCUUUUAAGAUGCUUCCUACUGUUUUUUUUAUUUCACUGUGAGAGUGAUAAUACUUACAGCAUCAUACACGCUUGACACGCGUGCAAAUCCCAUGCACUGCACGUGUGCAGUCCGCUCCUCUUUAAAUGGUUUCUUCUAAUGCUAAAUUUAAAUGAUCGAAUUUUGAAUGGGGUUUUGGAAGUCAAAAGAGAAAAAUUGUGAAGCAUCGUUCCUACAUUAAAUGGUAACACAAUCAUAACUGCUUCAAUGAACAAGGAAGGUUGAUUUGUUCCUAGAAAUCUUUGCUUAGCAUGUGACAAAAUUUGUCAUUCAGGGGCACCAUUUUACCUGUGUUCGCAAACAACAAACUUAAUGAUCACAGAAUGUCUCCCGCAACGAAGAUCGGUUUCUCUAUUUCCGUUCCUUUGUGCAUUUCGAUUUCAAUGUUUGGCUCUUCUUGAAAUGAGAAUGAAAGUCAAUUUUUAAGUUAUCUAAUGUGCUGCGGUAAAAUUGUGUCACAACUCAACUCAAGAGUAAGAUUAAAUGGAGGGGGGACUGUUGAAGCGAAUGAUGUUUGAACGCUCGACAUAGCAUAUUUUUGGAAUACAAAUCCCCACAGCUAUAGCAUCUUCAUUAAAGAGUACACCCAAAUGCAGAUAAUGGCAAGCGAGUUAAGAUACACGCAUUUGGGUGUAAACCACUACACUCGUGUAUUUUUCCUACUGCACGCCCUUACUUUACGAAAUUAAGAUAAUUAAUAUUUAUUACUCGCGCUUGACGCACGCGUGAGGUGCUGCAGCACACGCAAAAAGUACUGUUGACCUUAUCUCAGCUUCCUCUAUCAAGUGACAUCUUACCGAAAAGAUCCCAUACUAAUGAAUGGCGCUGGCGAAAUUAAAUCCUUUCAUAUUCUAAGUUGGCUUUAUCUCUAGGUAACGCUGCAGAAUCUGACAAAAGAGAUUUGAUGGCGGAACUUGACACAAUGAAGCAGCUAAAACCACACCCUCAUGUCAUCAAACUUUUGGGAUGUGUUACGGAAUCUGGUGAGCUGAUUCAUGGCCCAUUUUAUAUGCAGUUCAUCAAAAUUGAUUUCCUAUUCUUCACUUUCCUUAUUUGUAUCCCAACCGUUCUUCAGUGAUAGAAAUGUAUUCUGAUUCUUCAUAGUGAUUUUACGUCUUCCUCCCUCAUAACUUUUUUCCCUGACAAUUUACCGUAACGUGGUUAAAUGAUAAGUUGUCUUUCGAUGUAUGUCAUGUUUUACAAUGCAAUAGCACCUCGAGAAAUUUGACUGACUUGACGUGGACUCAAUUGCAACAUCACUUGCAGUAAAUUUUGUCGAAAAUAGCACAGGCGGCGGCAAAUAGGUUUUCUCCCCACUUAAGUGGCAGUUCUUUGUUAAGCGGUCGCGUGAACCACCAAGCUCUAAUAGAAUUUAGCGCUGACUAUAUAACGUUUCAGUCCCAAUUGCAGGCAUUUUAUAUAUACAUUUUACAUAUAAAGCGAGAUGCCAUGCCUUGGUUGAUAUAUGUAUAUGAGAAAAAAAUUAUACACUUCGAAAGGCACAAUUAUAAUAUACUUUGGUAGUAAACAUUAAACAUAUAUAGAGAGUAAUCAUUUCGCAGGUUAGGGCGAUACAUACAUAAAGGCCCUUACCGGCCUGUUUCGUGAUAACUCACUCAUCAAGGGAUUUUGUUGUCACGAAUAUUCGUAAACCAUCGUUUAUAUGCUUUACAAAUUUGCAUACUAGGCGAGGCGGUAAAUUUAAAUGGUUUGUUCACUUGUUACGCAGUAACGCUUUGUUUCUGUGGCGGCAUGAGGACACGAGUUCAUAGCGUUUAUUGAGUGAUGAUAAUUCAGGUCGGCAGACGAUGAGUAAUUUUUCUUUGAGGCAGAGGUUGCAUCUUUUGCUCGCGCUGUUGUAAGGUGAUAUUGAUGAAGGGAUGCGCCUUGAAAUAAAGCACACGCCGCUAGCAAAAGGCCUAACAUUAGAUUAUCACGGGAGCGUUGUUUUGUAUAAUAUUAUUUUGGUGACUGGUGAAAACUACGCAAAGCCUUUGUAUAAAAAAAUUUGUGCUAAAAUCUUGUUUAUACCUUGUUGCUGUUCUUUUGGCGAAGCUUGAAAAGAUCACGCUUUGUUUUGUUUUUUUCCCUUCUUCUUGAGUCCCAUUAAUUUCAAACGCUAAUUUCCCGAUACAGUUACGUGUUUACUUUUAACUAUGAAACAGUUUUAAUCCAAUGAAAUGUCAUAUUCCAGCAAACAUUCUCAAUUUAGCGACAUAAUCCUACCAAAAAUUCACAUGCAACGUAGGAUAUUACUGUUAGACGAUUUCUAAGCAAUUCUCCCGUGCUUCCACGUUUUGUGCCAAUCAAAUUCGCUUCUAGCUACCCUGGACCUCACCCCAUCACGUGUCAAUUCCUUGUAAAGAACCUGCAUUUUAUCAUUUAUUCCGCACGCACGCGGCAAAGUCUAGAUAGACAACAGCAAAACAAAGGAGCCCACGUUGUUAUGCCCACUAGAAAGCCUUUAAAAUAUAAUAUUUUCUUCUUUGUUCAAAUAUUAUCACUUGUUCAAAGAACAGAGACGGAAAAAAAUUUUUGGUUAGAAGUUAUUGGAGAUAAAAUAGAGUUUCUUUAGUCGGUUUGCUUUACACAGCGAAAUAACGUGGAAUAAUAUUUUUGAGGUAGCUAGCUGUAACUGAAUAAUUUCGAUCUUGUCUCUGACGAAGAAAGUGAAGAAAUGGCAGUAACCACGGCAGGCCGUUAUCAUUAGUGCCACGGGACGUGAGUUUCCCAGCCCGCGGAAAUUUUUGAGACAAUCAGCACUAAUUGUCAGUGCUAGACAUUUGUCUCGCCACUAGGCAAUCUCGCCACUACCAAGUCGCCACCAGUAAACUCGCCAUCAAGGUUGUUAGCUAAUUUGAUAUAAAUUCAAAGCAUUAGGUGACUCUUCAGUUUGAUCUUGAGUCUCCUGGGCAUCGCCGUAAGAAUGUUACGGGCAAUACUGCAGAGCCGUGCUAAAGGCUCAACAGUUUUUUGAAGAUGGCGGAAGGUGAGUCAAAUGCGUGUAACGAUCGGAAAGGCGCCAAUUUGAUAUGAUCAAAGAUGACAACAAGAUAUUAAACGAACUAUCAGAAGAUGAAGUCUAGCCUGUAAAUAUAUGGAAUGUACAUCAAAGAAAAAGUGACAUUAAAUUCUCAAUCGAAUGCGAACAAAGAGCAAGAUCGAGAAGAAAUGAUAUCGAUCGCAUGCAUUUUUUGUCGACAACAUGAGUGUUUUGAGGUUCGAAUCCUUUUUACUUGGAAUACUUUUUACCCUUAAAAACAACGAGCAACAAGUUAGAGCUCCAGCAAACGUAUAUUUAUUUAAUCAAACAUUUAAUAGCUUUACUUAAAACAAUUACAGCAAUGGCUACCUCUGGUGGCGAGAUCGAUUACACUUUGGUGGGGGCUUGAUGGUGGCGAGGAGACUGGGUAUCUUGCAGACCUCUCUCGGGCUCGUGUGACUCAAGGCCUCAUACUUUCCCGUGGUCGAGGAAACUCACGUGACAAAAUGCUAAUAAUGAGGGCCUGCUCACUGACUAGCGUUAUCUCCUUUGCAGUCGAUGUUUGGUCUCGUCACGCAACAGGGGGAGAGAAUGCGUUGCGUGACGAGAUCAAACAAUUGAAAACCGCGAUUGCGAAAAAAAAAAAAAAAAAGCCUUUAUACAGGCCCAAAUGGCCUAUGGGGAGGGCGCCUAACUCCGGUUUUACUUAGCAUGAAGCGGCUAGAAGGAUUCCUACUCCCCCCUGGAUGGGAUGCUUAUCCAUCGCAGGGUUACCCCCAGCAUAUUUUCUGGUACCCAUUUGUACAACUGGGUGAAGAGAAGCACUGUGCGAGUAAAGUGUCUUGCCCAAGAACACAACAUAAGGACCCCGGCCAGGGCUCGAACCCGGACCACUCGAUCCGGAGUCGAGCGCACUAACCAUGAGGCCGCCGCACCUCCACAUAACGGCUGUGAAGGAGAGUACAAUUUUCGCAUACAAUUAUUUAAGUAACAGUGACAAUAGACCACGAAAUACCUGUUUCUAAUUUGAUUUCAGAUAAGUCUGAGGUUCUUUUCCCUCUCCAUCGAAGAUAUUUUUGUUGAAAUCUUUUGAAAAUGAAUUUAUUUUUCUUUUACAAAAAAUGCAAACAUCAGUUACUUAGUGACCCAUUCCAACCCACCCAUCCCAAAAGGUAACUCUUGCGUGCGUAGCAUGCCUAAUAAAAUGUCUCUCAUAGCUUUGUUUAGCAGCUGCUUUAUCACACUAACAUAGUUACCAAGCUGGUCAGACUGACCUAGCAUAGUGUAACCGGGGAUAAGUUAGGUACCACAGUUUUACUACGUAAUGAAACUCCUUAACGUAAAAAAAUCCUUCAUCAUUUCUUACCUAUUUUCUUAGAGCCAAUGCUGGUGUUGAUAGAAUAUUUUCCUUUUGGAGACCUGCUGGGCUACCUAAGAAAGAGCCGUGGACUUAAUGACACUUAUUAUAAAGACCCGGAUAUCAAACCACAAACAAACUUGAGAUCACAACAGCUGAUGAAGUUCGCAUGGCAAAUCGCUGAUGGCAUGAGUUACUUGUCGUCGAAAUCCGUAAGUUAAAGAAGUUUGGAACUAUUUGGCACAUUAAAUCAGAUAGAAAUGGUUCUAAAUGUUUUUCUUUUUAGAAAUAAUUCUGCUACCUCAAACAUUUACAUAACAGGUAAUUGAGGAAUUUCGUACCUGUCGAGUAUUCGAGUGUCGAAUAGUAGAAAGAUGCCUCUACAUCUUCUUACCAUUGGACGGGACACUUGACUGAAGGGCGCACAGAUUUGAAUAGUGAUAAUGAGCACAAUUUUUACAAUGGCAAUGAUAAUAGUAAUGAUGACAAUGACAAUAAUAAUGAUAUUUACAAUAAUGAUAAAUAUUGUUACGGGAAAAUUUACUGAUUUUCCCGUGUGUGUUAUUCGGAACAUAUUUAUUCGUAAACUUUCACAUUUAACCAUUUCAAGUCCUUUCAUUUCAAUAAAUCAAAAAAUGCAUAAAAACCACAGUAGCUUUUGAAUAGAUUUUUGUUGUUACUCGCUUUCAUCAUAUGUACCUGCUUGUCGGCACUUUUGUUAUUUAUUACAUGGUUUUUUUUCAGGUAAAUAUAAGUGUUAAUGGUCUUUCUGAAACAUUGGUUUUCAUGGUAGAUAGCAGCUGAGUUUAUACUCGUAAAUCUAAUUUCUUUUCAUGCAAUGGUUUCCAAACCAAUCUUGCGUAAAUAAGCAGGAACUUUAAUUGCUUUUCCGUUUUCUAUUUCCUAAGCUGCGCUGCUGCAAUUAAGAUAGGUAUUGUUUUCUAUAUCAGAGCUGUAAAUUCGCACCUAGGUUUCCUACUUUAAUGGCCUAGGGUUUAUUGCAUCCGUCUUUUUUAUUUUGAGAUUCUUUCCGUCGUAGAAACAGAUGGAAUAUUUAAGUAGUUUUUGUUUAACUUCAAAGAGACUUUUUCCGCUCCUUUGUGUCCUUAUUCAAAUAUUGCGAUUUUUGUAACAAUAGCACUUCACACCAGUUGCUUCUUAAGCAAGUACCUUGUACAGCUUUGAUGAUUACAAACUAGAGUAUGCUAGAGGUCAUGUCGCUUGUUGGCCUGACCUAGAAUAAAAGUACUGUGGAACCAAAGAUUGUCUUAUCCUUGACGUCCGUAUAAGCUCGCUCGAAGCAGAUCUCCGUGUAUCAGGAAAUCGUGACGAGUUUCCGUUCUCGCUGCCAAGUCGUCUCUACAGAGUUAUUUCCCACAGUUGUUAUUGUUCCGUCGCGAAGAUUCAGUCCUCCAGUUUGGGCGAGAAAACCUAUCGUCACAAUAUCAUUAUCCUUCUGAGCUGGGGCAAAUAAUCAGAAAAAGUUAUUUUGUUUGCUUGUUACUGAAGGAAUUUUGGAUUUCAUCGAUUUCAUUGUGGUUACCGCCUCGUAUUGGAGGUGAAGCCACAUGUCGUCGGAAUUAAUGAGUUAGUGAUGGUAACUAACAAUAGAAUGCCGAAUUUCACCCGAUUUCGACCCGAUGUUUCUCGGUGUUACUUAUUUUUUGCUUCGGAGUAUCAGAGUAGUUUGAUAUUCGCACUGACUUCACAGUUGAGUUAUUUACUUUUGGGAUUCCUAGCCUAUUGCCUCUAAGGCAUUAUGUUAUCGUCCUUGUAAGUCCGUAAGUAAAUAAGAAAUUGCGAGACUUUUCGGAAGCUGUUUAAGAAAUCUCACGCAACCACUUUAGAAUUUACCUGAAUUAAUUGAAUCAAUUUUCACCCUUUAACACCUGCUUUUUACAAUUAAUACCUAGUAACGUUGCAUCAAAUGUCACCUUAUGAGUCAACAGAUAUGAAACACGAGCCAUAGGAACAGUCAAAGUUCACUGCAAACGUUGGCGGCUGCCGCAUGUGAAAGAAUGUUCUCAAUAAUAAGAAUACCGAACUUAAAAUUUAUAAUUUGCCUCUGACUAUCUUCGUUGUUUAACAUUCUUUCUCCAUAUCAUCUACCACAACCGCGUUUUAAUCAGCGAAUUAUGCCUAGUAGAUUCGAAAUUAAAAUUUGUUAGGAUUUCCCUUGACACUACGAAAGACUUCAAAUAAAUUCACAAUCUCUCCGAAGCGUAAUUUUAAUCACGAGCAAGAUAGAACUUGUCCUUGCAAAAAAAUGGGGGAAAAGGUGUGAUCUACCCGUCAUGGAACUUUGAGGGAAAAUGCUCCUCUUUGUAGAAAGAACAUUAUAUUGCCUGAAACAGCCACAUAUGCCCGAGAGAGUCGCUAAAUUUGGGAAGCGAGCAAUGAGCGAAGUUUAACAGGCUGAUCCUAUUCAGCGGAACAAUGGAACGGUAGAUUGUUCCAACGGUGGUAUGACGUAAUAUUCUUAAACACGAAAUGACGGAAUGCCUUGUUGGAUGAAACAAAAGUCUCACAAAAAUAGAAUUGGGAUGUAAUAAGAAAACUAUUUUUAAAGAACAGGCAAAAUCAAAAGAGGCAUUGUCUGAUAAUUAUUGGAGCUCAGAGGAUGGAGGAAUCGUGAGGCUUUUGAGCUAGUUCCUCUUAAUUGUCAUUACCAUUGUUAUCAUUAUUAUCAUUACAGUAAAUGGUUGGAACCCGGGGGUAACAUGUAAUAGUGUAGUUUGAUCGUAAGGGUGAGUGUAGUCCUGAGAAGGACUGUUGUCGGUAGUGGUGACUAGUCGACACCAGUCACCACUACCGACAACAGUCCUUCUCAGGACUACACUCACCCGGACGAUCAAACUACAUUAUUACAUUAUUAUUAUUGUUAAUAGGACUAUUUGUUACCGUUUCAUUAUAUGUCUAUUAGUCACUAUAUCCUUGAAUCAUCUUUAAUUUCUCAUGUGGAACAGGGUAGUCAUAUUAUAUAUAUAUAUGUACAUCAUAUUAUACAACCUCUGUUAGUGUCCAAUGCCCUAAAAAUUGUGCUAUAUCAGUGAUUACGUGUAAUCUCAGACCGGCGGCCUAUUUUUUUCUCCUUCCUGUUAGAUCAUCCACCGAGACCUCGCAGCUCGUAACGUGCUGGUCGGAGAAAAUGAAACAUGUAAAGUAACAGAUUUCGGAAUGGCUAGAAAUGUGCAAGAGGAAAAUAUCUAUGAGAGAAAGACAAAGGUAAUUAGAAAGAAAUAGGCUUUGCUUCAUUCCAUGACAUGUACUUGUCAUGAGUGUGCUCUGUUCUGUUGUAAACCACGUAGGAGGCGGCUAGAUCACGAAAGAAGCCAAGUGUAGGGAGAAACAUGAGACGUAGUCGAGUGUUUCUCCCCACGUCUUGAGUGCUUCAGCUGCUUUCUAAGUGCUUUACAACAGAACAGAGCACAGUGAAGGCUUCUCUAUUUGUUUCAUAAUAAAUAAUCCUUUAAAUUCCCCACGCGUUACUUUUAGUUUUCGAAACAAGCUUUAUUUCCAAAGCGAGAAACAGUGUCGUCAGCAUACUCUAUACCCUCAUAAGGCACGCUACAAUAAGCUUAUCAGAAUCUUUGUUGGAAUGGUUCAAAUAGUCUGAUUGGUUGAACAAGACUAAAGCUGUCAAAAAUGACAAACCAUCAAAGUUCACAAUCUGCAAUAGUUUACAAAGUAAAAAGUGAAAUAUUCAGCGAAAUCCGACCGAAUUGUGGCUCAUAAAAGGACGUAAGUUUUUACUUAGACAAUUAGAGAACAAACUGCUCGAGGCGUGUGUUUUAUGAAUGAACGACAGCCUAAUUCACUGGAACAUGAAGAUUGCUCGAGCUCGGAAGGACGGCAUCGUAAAACUCGGCUGCUGUGACCGACGUGGCCUUCCAGUCAAUGCAUCGGAAAGAGUAUUAGAGCAAGCCCUUAGUUGUUCACUCGAAGGGCGGCCGAUGUAAUAUCUGAGGCUUCCUUCACUGCGAUGAGCGAUGACUGGGGAUCGCCAUGAUAAUCUAGCCGCGAUGAACCUCAGCAGGAUCGCAGUCGCUCUGACGCUGUCAUUAUUAGUAUGAAUUUUAAUAGUUAUGCCAGUCUUGCUAUAUUUUUCAUCAUUCCUGUUUUGUUCUGUUUUGUUUUUGACUCGAAACUAUAUAUACUGUAGGAGUAUCAGUUAGCUGUGUUUGAUUUUUAUUACCAUACGUAAGUUCGCAAAUCUAACUGAGCGUUACAAGGUUCAAAACUCAGACUGUCCAUUUAGUUUUCUCUUUGAGGACUUUCGUUUCUGCUCACGUUAUGAUAACGUAAAUUACGUCGCUAGGCAUGUUUACAAACCUUCGUUCGGCUCUUCUGUUGCCAUAGUACAAUCCGGCAGAUGACGUGACAGCUUUAGUUCAGCUUUAUACACUGUACUCUGAUAGAGAACGCUCUUUCAACCAAUGACUACGCGCGUCAUAUCUGGACUUUAUAAAAAUAUAAACGUCUUGAGAUUGUGUAUACACUUACUCAAAAGUUCCUUCACUAAAUAAUGAUACGUUUGAUAAGGGAGUGCAUAGCACGUUAUCGGGAUCAAAGUUACCUCGCAAACUUUAUUUCAGUUUUAAUUUCGAAACCUAUCAUUUAAUUUACAACCGUUUUCAAAAAACAGUCUUUCUCUAUGCAGUUAAGCCAUAAUUGGCUUAAGUAAGCACGGCCGUGCAUCCAUAACAUGACAUGUACAGUUUCACCUCUACAGCGAGUUCCCGUCAAGUUUAGCGGCGACGUUUCAUACCUUUUAAGAAUGUUACUCCUUUCCAUUCCGAUUAAGAUAGAUCUUUUGGCGCUCAAAAUUAAUGGCAGUUAUGCUAAGCAAUACCCGUUUUGGAAAACUAUGACCAUGUAGCUCUCUCAAGCGACAAAAUUAGCUUUGUAUUUAACGAUACUUUUUUUCCCAAACGCGUUGCUUCACUGAGUUAUUAUGGCUGAAAACAAAACCGAGUUUUCCGACUUCAACUGAGGCCUUCCGACGUUGGGGACUUUUCUUUAGAACAGUAAAUAUUACUUUUGAAAUGUCCCAAAGGUGUUGUUCAAAAGAAGGUUUUGUCGCCGUUUCGAAAUUAUACAACUAUCAUAACAAAAAACUGCGCAAUCUUUUGGUCGUAAAUUUUAGUGAACAACAAUUUAAGCAUGCUGAAUCGACAACGCGUUCUCGCGUAGGCAAGAUAUUCGUUUGUCAGUUUUUCCCUUCUGAGCAGAAAAUUAUACAAUGAUUUGAAUAAAGAUUUUAUCUCGAAAUAUUUCUUGAUCGUUUUUCCUUUGUCCUUUAUCCACAGUUGUUGGUUAGAACAUGAUUACCUGGUCAACGCGAAACAGUUGUGAUAAGCUCUUUUCUUCGUGCAGAAUGUGUGCCUUUAUGUCAGAGUUACUCUCGGUUGCGCCUGGAGCAACUCUUACGCUUCUCUCGUGGUUUCCAAACUUCGCACGCUAAGCAUGAACUAAUUAUUUAUUUGUCCGAUCGCCUUAGCUCUUGCUUUGCUCGCUAUUAUAAUUAUCUGCCAAUCUGUUGACCGAUCACAUUUCCUGUGAACAUAAACGCGUCAAUUUUCUGUGAAUUCUUCACCGAUCACAUUUUCGUCACAAAAUUCAACCAGGCGUAAGGGCCACUGCAUCCACUUAUGUUACACUUUUAGCGUAUUGUCCGCUGGCCAGAUAACAAAGGAAGUGAUAGAUGAGUUGCAUUACUACAAUACAGGCUUAGUUCUUGGAGAAUGUUACUCCUUACCUUAUCAUCCUUUUAUAGAAAAUUAAGGUUAUAUUUAAGUGAUGAUGUAGUUGAUAAUGUGUUGCAAAGACUGUGAAAAAUGCUUGUCAUUUGUUAAGGAUAGCAGCCAGUGUGCUUAGACAUGUAAUCGAUGAACUCACUUUGGUGAAAUGAUGUCAAUUCUGGCAAACGCGGAUCAAAAUUAGCAGACAGUAUUGUUUGCUGUUAGUUCAACAGUAGGGUAUAUAACGGUGCUUUCCCAGCUUAAUUCGAGGUAGAAGUUUUGGAUGGGAUGAAUUUUGGUCAAUGUUGAGCGUUUGUGAAUUUUGAAGUUACCUAGGGGACAGGGUAGGAAAGUUUAGUUUCUUUGAAAGAAAUUCCUCGUAGAGUGAAUAUUUUCUUCAUUGGGAAAGGAGGCAUGGUUAUUGCACUGGCGAUCCUGACUAUCUUAAAAGAGUGUCUCCGAGUCACAUAGUCGUUCAUUAACCUCAGCCUCAAUAUUCUUAACCGAAAUUUUUUUCCAAUCAAAAUUUUUAGGGUCGCCUUCCAGUAAAGUGGACAGCUUAUGAAGCGCUGUUAUAUGGAAAAUAUACCACCAAAAGUGAUGUGUAAGUCCUGUGCAAUGAAGGUUCACUCCAUUUUCUGUGUUCUUAACUAUAAAGAUGUACUUGUGGCUGUAGUUUUAAAGGAUUUAUUGGUGGUGUUCCACAAGUCUUUAGUAUAAUCAGGUUAUGUAUGUUGCUAUAAGUUGUAAUACUUUCAAGGGACAGGAAAGCCGAAUGUUUUAAAAUGUCUGAUAGUUAUUGAGUUUUCCGCAUUGUUUUAUUGCCUCAUAGAUGGAGCUAUGGAGUUGUCCUUUAUGAGAUUUUUACAAUAGGUAAUACUUAUUUUUUAGUUUUUAACGAUUUACAUCAGGCCAGUAACAAAGAGAGUCUCAUGCCCACAACAUGUUUUAACUGGGUUGAUGACCAGGUACGAAACGACCGGGUUCGGAACGACCGGACGCCCUUUAAAAGGCGUUCCCUCUAAGAGGACCCGUUCCAUGUCAUUUAUUAAUUUUGAUCAUUUCUUCAUUAUGCCGCAUAAAAAUCUAAGCAUAGCUAUAGAAUUCUGCUUGUGAUGCAAUAGACUACAAAGUUUCUUUAAAUCAGGUGGUUCACCGUAUCCGCGGAUGGAUGGCAGGAAAAUUGCCAGCUUACUUCAGCAGGGAUACAGAAUGCCUAAACCACAACAUGUGGAUGAUAAAUUGUAAGCGGAAAAGUUUCUUUGAGGCUAACGCUCUAAUGAGACCUGAAAAUGUUAAUGUGCCUUUGAUUCUACGACUUUUAAGUUAUAUUUGAUAAGAGAUUAAAAAGCUUCAAACUAUUGCAUCUUUUUCUCCAUCAGUAAUUGAAUUUAUUCCUUUCUUUACGGAGAUUUUCAUUGUUUAAAAUUUGAAAUAUAUUAGCAUAUCGAUUAGCAUAUCCAUAUUCGAGAAAAUAACAAGUUAAACAAUUUUGUGUGAUAGCGAUGAGUUCAUCGUGAAAACAACUCAUGUGUUUCGUUUCAAUUUGAUUUAAUAUACCAUACGUAUAUCAGUACCAACCUGUGUUAAAUGAAACGUAGGUACGACAUAAUGUUGAGAUGCUGGCAAGAUGACCCGGGUACAAGACCAACCUUCUUUGAUCUAAGAAACCAGCUCAAAACAAUGGAAACAUUGCACAAGGUAAACUUUUUGCAUUCAGUUAUCUUACAAGGGGUCAUUAUAGAAUACGUCGAGUUAUUUAUAGAAUUUUUAAUAACAUCAAAGUGAUCAUGAUAAACUCGUCAACUAUGUUCCUUCACUCUCCAUCAAGUUGCUUAACUAAGAACAACUGAAGACUUCGUUCAUAGUUGCCAAGCGUUUGAGCAUUUAAUUAGAUAAAGUCAUGCAGAAAUAAAGAAUUCUUGAUGGACAUUGGGGAAAUUAUGUUAUACUUUUCUUUCGUCCACAGAGGCUGAUCAACAUGAAAAUCUACGACAAGCAGUUGUACGCAAACGUUGAGGAUUUGGUGGAGUAG